AAAUAAUAAGCGGGAGUUGGCUGGGUUUCCUUGGCGUGUUUUUCUUGUUUCAUUCUUUGAUAAACACAAUAACCUGAAAUGGACGGUUCAGAGGAAGAAUCUACUGGGUUGAUUCUUAACCGCUAUCUACGAUCAGAGACAGUCAGGUCACCAUUGAGGCCAAGGACACGUUCACUGAUCCAGCCGAGUAGUCCAAGUACAACGAACAGCGAACACCGAAGGUCUUUGAGGAGGUCAGCUGGACAUCGGAGUCCCUCGGUGGCACUGCAAAACAAACUCCGACAACGGCUACGCGAGGAUGCAUCCCGUUCUCCAGUGUCCGCCAGCAAGCAGCGGACGUCGGUUCAGACCAGGUCCCCUCAGCGGACGUCGGUUCAGACGAGACCUGCUCAGAAUAUGUCUGUUCAGACCAGGUCAGCUCAGAAGGCGUCUGUUCAGACCAAGUCGGCUAAGAAGAGUCUGCUGCCGUCUCUUCCCGAUCCCGCUAUGGAGGCAACGCCACGCACCAUCAUGAGGGGCAUCCUCCAAUCAGAGGCAGAAACGUCCAUGGUGUCUGAGCAGCAGGUUUGGACUAGCAAAGGCCGACACCAUCCUGAAGCAACGCAGCCUCCUCAACUGGACGUUAGCACGCGGAUUGAGCAGAGUAAAAACCUUGAGAACAGUUCAGAUCUGGAUUGGACUAAGACAAUAGAGUUGCCACAGUUGCCCAUCGCCAAGGGUCUGAAACGCAAGAGGGUUCCCGCCGCACUCAGUGUCACUGCCUUUGAGGGACAACUGGCGAAUAUGACCGAGUUCUCUAUGACGGAGGAGCUGCCCGAGCUGCCUGUGGUGCCGGUGGCUAAGGGACUGAGACGCAAGAGGGCCCCCAAUGUCCUCAGCGUGACCGCUUUCGAGAACCAGAUGGAGCAGUUCACAGGAGAGAUGACCGAAGUGCAGGGAGGCAAAACCGAAGUGGACGGCUUGUCCGGCUCAACGCUUGGCUUCACCAACGUCACCAUGUCCAACGUCACGGCCGACAUUAUUAUGAGUAACACGGCGGCCUACGCCAGCCUGUGUGCCUCCCAGCCAGCCACAACAACAGAUGAGCCAUCGGGAGACUCACAGGCUAAAGUGCCGUCGCCGGGGCAGACGACUCGAGCAGGCGAAACGGUGAAGGACGACGACGACGGUGAGGAUGAUGUGCAGUCUGAAGAGUUGUUUCAUCAUGAUGCUUUAUCGGGAGAAACUGAGGAGGCUGUGCUGGUACCUGAGACUCAAGCAACUGAAGACGGUGUCAAUUCCAAGACUUUAAGACCUUACGAUCCAACAGUUUCCCCUUUGGAAGAGUCGGAAGUAGCUGUGUGCCCGGAGACGCAGAUGUUGGAAAUGUCUGGAGUUUUAUAUCAGGAGGACGAGGAGGAGGUGGAGGGGGAGGGGGAGGAGGUGGAGAAGAUGCAGACCUCCCAGUCAGAAGAUGAAGUCAUCCACCGCUGUGCUGCUCGCUCCUCCAGACAUGGCGUGGCUCUGGCUCUACCUGGACAGCCCACGGAAUGGCAGGACGGUGACAAAAUUGCAUCAGAAACAGAUAAUGAACCAACUACGACACAGACAAGCGGAAGCCAAUCAGAUGGGGUGUCCAGUGCUGACUCCGCCUUGCCUCGCGUGACCUCACAGGAGGAUGGCGAGCACAGGGAGGAUAAGGAGGAGGAGGAAGAAAAGGAGGGGGAGGAAGAGGAGGAGGAAGAACACGAUAACAGGCCAACAACAACAACAACCACAUCAGAUGGGGCGCCUGGUGCUGACUCCGCCCUCCCUCAGGUGACAUCACAGGAGGAGGAGGAAGAAGAUGAGGAGGAGGAAGAUGUACAUGAUGGUGUAGCAACAACAUCAGCAACUGGAAGCCCAUCAGUUGCUGCUUCCACAGCUGAGGAAGAGGAGGAGGAGGAGGAGGAUGAAGAGGAGCAGGAGGAGGAGCAGCAACGUCAGGAGGAAGAUGAGGAGGAAGUUGAAGAGGAGCAGCAGGAAGAGGUUGAAGAGGAGAAGGAGGAUGAGGAAGAGGAUGAUGACGAAGAGGAGGUGGUUGAAGAGCAGGAGCAGGCGGGUGAUGUACAUGAUGAUGUACCAGUGGAUGACAGUCCGGUAGACGGCCUGGCAUCACCAGCAGUUCAUGAGGAGCAAGACGAGGGCAGCAUGGAUGAAGAAGAAGGUGAAGAUGUGGAGAAUAUACAUGGUAUGGCUCAAGCAACCCCGGCUUUUGUAAGACGGAGAAUAUUGGAACCAACUACCGUUCUGACAACACCACUUGCUGAGGGCACAAACAAAAAAGAUGAUGGUAAAGCCAAACCCCAGAAAGGAAAGAAGAAGGCUGCCGAACGAACCCCUGGAAGACUAGCCUUGCCUAAAACUUGGGUUAUGUCCACCUUCAAACACUUUGCCAAGUGCAAAGUGUCAGCUGACGUCUAUCCUCUUCUUAAUGAAGCCAUUCAGAAGUAUUUUGACCGUGCGUGUGAGGACGUGGAGGCGUAUGCGAGUCACGCGGGGAGGAGCACUGUGGAACGGGCCGAUGUGGAACUCCUCAUGCUGAGGCAGCGGUUCAUAACGGAUCCUUCCCAGGUAAACGCCCUGAUUGAGCGGCACCUCCCUCUGGAGUAUCAGAAACUCCUCAUCCCCGUGGCAACCAGUGGCAACAAGGUCAUCCCCAAAAAAUACUAAUAAGGACUCCUCUUCACUUUCCACGUGUCACUUUCUCCCCCUUUGCUUUCCCCUUUUCCCUUGUGUCUGUUUUUUGUCCUUUUUAUGUUCUUUUAUUUCAUGUCCCUUGUUGUGUUUUUAUGUUUCUUUCAUGUAUAAAAUAUAUGUUUUUAAUAAUGUAAUACAUUUCUUAAAUAAAGAGUAUGAAAUGGA